AUGGAUGAAUAUGUGACCGUAGAAGAAGGUGUGCAAGAAGAAGUAGAAGUUCAGCAGCUUCGCCCGGGGACUAGUGGACAUACUCUAACUGUGAAAGUUGUCGAUACUAAGAUCAUAUGGCCUCAUUGUAGUCAUAUGCAAAUUGCUGAAAGUUUGGUGGGUGAUGAAACAGCAAUGAUCGUAUUCACUUCCAGAGAUGAUCAAGUGGAUCAGAUGAAAAAUGGCUCUACUCUCAUCCUGCGAAAUGCCAAAAUUAUCAUGUACAGAGGAUCAAUGAGGCUUGCUGUGGACAACUCCGGCCGUAUUAAAGUCGCAGACCCUGCUACUUUCACUGUUAAGGAAGAUAAUAACAUGUCUCUUAUUGAAUAUGGAGUGAUCAGAGUUGCAAUUUGA